AUGUCAGGCACCGUCAAGACGCAAGUGGAAGUCAAGGACAUUACACGCAUUGAGCGUAUCGGCGCUCACUCUCAUAUUCGCGGACUGGGACUGGAUGACAGUCUAGAGCCCCGAAUGUCGUCACAGGGAAUGGUGGGCCAGACCGAAGCCCGUCGAGCUGCUGGGAUCGUCGCCAAGAUGAUUGAAGAAGGCAAUAUUGCUGGCCGUGCCAUCCUUUUGGCUGGCAAACCUGGCACGGGCAAAACGGCUAUUGCCAUGGCUAUUGCUCAGGCGUUGGGUGAGGAUACGCCGUUUACAACGAUUGCUGGCAGUGAAGUCUUUUCGCUCGAAAUGAGCAAGACAGAGGCUUUGACUCAAGCGUUCCGUCGCUCUAUUGGGGUGCGGAUUAUGGAAGAGACGGAGAUUAUUGAAGGAGAAGUAGUGGAGAUCCAGGUCGAUACGCCGACUGGAGGCAUGGGGGAUAAAGUGGGUCGUUUGACGCUACGGACUACUGAAAUGGAGACCGUGUACGACCUUGGCGCCAAGAUGAUUGACUCGCUGACGAAGGAGAAGGUUGAAGCAGGUGAUAUUGUCACGAUCAACAAAGAAUCGGGCAAGAUUAGUAAGCUUGGACGAUCGUUCUCGCGCUCUCGCGAUUAUGACGCCAUGGGCGCUCAGACACGCUUCGUGCAAUGUCCUGAGGGUGAACUGCAGAAGCGGAAGGAGGUGGUGCACGUGGUCUCGCUCCAUGAAAUCGACGUGAUUAACUCACGCUCGCAAGGGUUUCUUGCAUUGUUUGCGGGCGAUACGGGUGAAAUUAAGGACGAAGUCCGCGAGCAGAUUGACACGAAGGUGGCAGAGUGGCGUGAAGAAGGCAAGGCUACUAUUGUGCCUGGAGUGCUCUUUAUCGACGAAGUGCACAUGCUCGAUAUCGAGUGCUUCUCGUGGCUCAACCGCGCUCUCGAGAGCCACAUGGCCCCAGUGCUGAUUAUCGCUACCAACCGGGGUAUCACGCGUAUUCGCGGAACUAACUACAAGAGUCCGCACGGCAUCCCGAUCGACUUGCUCGAUCGACUCAUGAUCAUUCCCACAAAACCCUACAGCGAGUCUGAAAUGCGCAAGAUCCUCACGAUCCGUUGCGAAGAAGAAGAUGUGGAAAUGUCGGAAGAGGCCAAGGAUCUGCUCACGCGCAUUGCCGUGGAAACGUCGUUGCGAUAUGCCAUUCACACGAUCAUCACUGCGUCGCUCGUAUGCUCCAAGCGCAAGGGCACCGAGGUGGAUGUGCCCGAUAUCAAGCGCGUCUACUCGCUCUUUGCUGACGUCAAGCGCUCCACACAGUUCCUAAUGGAGUACCAGCGUGAGUUCAUGUUUCACGAAAUGGGCGACGGAGAGGAGGAAGACGAAAGCAUGGAGCAGUAG